GUCUUACCGUGCAAACUGCAAACGACAAGGCGUGUGUGUCUGUGUGUAUGUGUGUCUGUGUGACGAUUGACAACGCUCAGAAACGAGGCGCAAAAAAUAAUGGGAAUAAAAAAAAAAAACAGUCCCGAUUUAACAUUGAUUGUAGCAACUAGCAGUCUGUAGACCGGACAGGUACGUUCGAAGAUAGCGUAGGAGGCGCCGGUSCGUGACGUACCGUCGAUUUAUAUUCUAAUUUCUCUAAGACUGUCGGUCGCCGGGAUUUAUCGUUGUUUGUUGUUUCGUCGUCUCGUGUAUUAUUGUACUAUUGCGUCCUUGUGUCAUAGUGCCGCGUGCCGGAAAAGACGAAUUUUUAAUUUUCCGUUUACCCCGGACUCCUGUUUCUGGUUUCCAGUUUGCCGGCCUCCCGGAGCGAGUUAGCUCGUUGCAGUUUGCGAACAGUUUCUGGAUAUCGCUUCACACUGCCGAGAUGAUGGAUUCACCGACCACACCGCCGGGCUACAUGUCCGAGGACGGAGACAACAACGAAUCUCACAGUAUGAGUCCCAACCCUACAGUGAUGGGAGUGCUGGACACCCAACCCGUCCUCUAUUGCGAACCUGUGUUUUGGUGCUCAAUUAGCUAUUACGAGCUCAAUACCAGAGUUGGAGAGACGUUCCAUGCUUCUCAACCUUCUAUAUCGGUUGACGGCUUCACAGAUCCCAGUAAUUCCGAACGAUUUUGCUUGGGUCUAUUGUCAAACGUCAACAGGACUAAUGUAGUUGAACAGAUUAGACGACAUAUCGGCAAAGGUGUUCGGCUCUACUACAUUGGCGGUGAAGUAUUUGCAGAAUGCCUUAGYGAUUCUAGUAUUUUUGUACAGUCACCUAAUUGUAAUCAGAGAUAUGGAUGGCAUCCAGCCACUGUUUGUAAAAUACCUCCAGGUUGUAAUUUAAAAAUCUUCAACAACCAAGAAUUUGCAUCUCUUCUAUCGCAAUCAGUGAGUCAAGGUUUUGAAGCGGUAUACCAGUUAACUCGUAUGUGUACAAUACGUAUGUCUUUCGUUAAGGGCUGGGGCGCCGAAUAUAGGCGACAAACAGUCACAUCUACCCCUUGUUGGAUAGAACUACAUCUGAAUGGACCAUUACAAUGGUUGGACAGGGUUCUCACACAAAUGGGUUCGCCUCGCUUGACAUGUAGUUCUAUGUCGUGAUUUACUUAAAUUUACAUCCACCUUUAUAAUUAUUAUUUUUGUUUAAUUGUACAUAACCCUUGGAAUGGCUGUCUAUUUUAAGGUCAUGAAUUGAAUCUGUAUUUWACCUAAUCGACUAAUUAGAACAGUGGUUUUGUGUUUUUGUGUUUUUAUGUUUUUUUAUAUAACAUCACGUGACAAAAAAACAACAUUUAUACCGAAAUGUUAGUGAUAGAUGUUUAGAAUUAUUAUUGAAUAAUAGAGUUAAGAAUUUUUU